AUGGAAAGCCGCAACACAUCUUCUAUUACGGGGGUUUGCGACUUAGAAGAAGUUGAUGAAGCAGAAAGGCAAUUAAACCACCAGGCCAACAGACUGAGGGUUUACAGGACCCGCCGGGCGGCAGCCAUAGGGGGUUUGAUACUGCAGCAGCUGCUGCGGCGCUUAGCAGCAAAGCAGCAGCAAGCAGCAAUUACGCGGCUGCGCUCAGGGGGCCCCGCAGAGGGGCAGCUGCUGAACUUGGCGAUACAAAUGCUGCCAAAGUAA